AUGAAACAAAAGCAACACAUUGAAGGUGUCUUGUGUAAACAAUCCAAUCAAGUUAAAGAGGACUAUCGAAUUCAUUUGACAUAUAUAAUUGGUUGCAUUCGAUAUUUAUUAGCACAAGAUUUAGCUUUUCAUGGUAAUGAUGAGUCAAUUUCAUCAAAAAAUAAGGAGAAUUUUCUUGAACUUAUGAAUUUUCUUGUUAACCAUAAUAAAGAUGUUUAUAAAGUUUGGAAAAAUUGUCAGGGAAAUCUUAAGUUAACAUCUCCUGGUAUUCAAAAGAAUAUUGUUAAAGCUGCUGCAAUGGUCACUACUCAAGUUAUACUGGAUGAUCUUAGAGAUGAUUUAUUUGCUAUUUUAAUUGAUGAAUCUCGUGAUAUCUCAGUGGUGGAGAAAAUGGUUGUGGUUAUAUUUUAUGUAAAUAAUGAAGGAAAAGUUAUUGAGCAUUUUCUUAGUGUUGUUCAUGUUUUAAAUACCAGUGCUCUAACAUUGAAAUUGACUUUGGAGUCAUUAUUUGUAAAAUAUGGAUUAAGUUUGUCAAUGAUACGUGGACAAGGCUAUGACUAA